AUACGAAUCAUGGCCAUUUUCUUGAAUCAAGAACGAUUCAUUCUUUAACGUCUGCAUCAUCGUCGUCUAAUGAAAUGGCGGGUGGAAAUUUACUGGAUUCUAGAGUUGAGACUAGGGAUGUUAAAUAA